AUGGCCGGCGGCCGAUCGCACGCGCCGCGCCGCGCGGCGUUCGCGGCGCUGGUCACGCUCCUCUUCCUCGCCUGCGUCUUCUUCUUCUUGUCCGCGACCACCAUCACCACGGCGGUCCCCAACUCCCCGGCCUGGCGCCUGGCGGCCGUCCGCCGGCACGCGGAGGACCACGCGGCCGUGCUGGCGGCGUACGCGGCCCACGCGCGCCGCCUCAGCUCCGACUCCGCGUCCCAGACGGAGUCCUUCCUGUCCACUUCCUCGCGCCUCUCCGCGCUCUCCUCCCGCCUCUCCGUCUCCACGGUGGCGCUGCUGGAGAAGGAGGCCCGCGGGCACGUGAAGCGCGCGCGCGCCCUCGCCGCGGGCGCCAAGGAGGCGUUCGACACGCAGUCCAAGAUCCUGAAGCUCUCCGACACCGUCUUCGCCGUCGGGCAGCAGCUCCUCCGCGCCCGCCGCGACGGCCAGCUCAACUCGCGCAUCGCCGCGGUCUCCACGCCCAAGUCCCUCCACUGCCUCGCCAUGCGGCUCAUGGAGUCCCUCCUCGCCAACGCGUCCGCCGUCCCCGACGCCGACCCCGCCAUCCCGCCGCCGGAGCUCACCGACCCGUCGCUGUACCACUACGCCAUCUUCUCCGACAACAUCCUCGCGGUGUCCGUCGUGGUGGCCUCCGCCGCGCGCGCCGCGACCGAGCCCUCGCGCCACGUCUUCCACGUGGUCACCGCGCCCAUGUACCUCCCGGCCUUCCGCGUCUGGUUCGCGCGCAGGCCGCCGCCGCUGGGCGCGCACGUGCAGCUCCUCGCGGCCUCCGACUUCCCAUUCCUCAACGCCUCCUACUCGCCCGUGCUGAGGCAGAUCGAGGCCGGGAACAGGGACGUGGCGCUGCGGGAGCUCGACUACCUGCGGUUCUACCUCCCCGAGAUGUUCCCGGCGCUGCAGCGGGUGGUGCUCCUGGAGGACGACGUGGUGGUGCAGAGGGACCUGGCCGAGCUGUGGCGCGUCGACCUGGGCGGCCAAGUGAACGGCGCGCUGGACACCUGCUUCGGCGGGUUCCGGCGGUACGGCAAGUACCUCAACUUCUCGGAGGCCGCCGUGCGGGAGCGGUUCAGCCCCAGCGCGUGCGCCUGGUCCUACGGCGUCAACGUGUUCGACCUCCAGGCGUGGCGCCGCGACCAGUGCACCGACCAGUUCCACCAGCUCAUGGACAUGAACGAGAACGGGACGUUGUGGGACGCGGCCUCCGUGCUGCCGGCGGGGCUGAUGACGUUCUACGGCAACACGAGGCCGCUGGACAGGUGGUGGCACGUCAUGGGUCUCGGCUACAACCCGCACGUCAGGCCCGAAGACAUCCGGGGAGCCGCGGUGAUACACUUCAACGGCAACUUGAAGCCAUGGCUCGACGUCGCCUUCAACCAGUACAAGCAUCUCUGGACAAAGUACGUCGACACCGACAUGGAGUUCCUCACGCUUUGCAACUUCGGGCUCUGA